GCAACCCAACAACCUCGACCGUAUGACACCAUCUCCGGGAAAUUGCAGCACCUUGUCCCCGUGCUCGAUUCAGAAGCUCUAGCAAUCACUAUAUAAUAGGCCUCAAGCAACGAUGAAUCCACGCCAUUCGAUUCAUCUUGUUUGGAAUCAUGAAGUUCUCUGCUUUUGUGUCUCUUGCUUUCCUUGCCUUUGGGACGGCCAAUGCUGGGAUCAUUAUCCGUCCUCGUACCGAAGCUGACUCUGGCAGAGGAUUUGACAAUGGUCUGAAAGCCUACCAGGCUCGUCAGGAAGACAUUGACUCCGUAGCCCCUUACGAUAAUGGACCAAGCACGUAUUGGGUCCGUGGUGUCGAAGAAUCUAGCCCCUAUGAUAAUGGACCUGAUACUUAUUGGGUGCGCGAUAUUAAGGCCCGUGAGGAAGGUGUCGACUCUGCUGUCCCUUAUGCGAGCGGGCCUGAAUCUUAUUGGGUACGAGAUGUCAAGGCUCGUCAGCCAGAGAUUGCUUCUUGAAAUAGACACUGCUGUCCCGUAUGGUGGUGGGCCGGACACUUAUU